AUGUCAGAGGUUACUGGUAGAGUUUUCAGCCAAAGUGUUGGAUAUGGUAUAAUCGUAGGAGUGGGAUUUGCCUUUGCGGUAUUAAUGGUGGGAAUCACAAAAUUAUUAACGAAAUAUUUUAACGAAAAUCAAGAUAGUGAAAUGUUGUUGACAGCUAAAAGAUCGAUUAAGACAGGUCUUGUGGCAUCUGCAGUGGUCAGUUCUUGGACGAUUGGGCUGACUUUAUUACUUUCUUGUACUGCAAGUUAUAGUUGGGGAUUGAGUGGGGCAUGGUGGUAUGGAGGAGGGGCAUGUGUGCAGAUCAUUAUCUUCUCAACCUUGGCUUUGGAAAUGAAGAAGAAAGCUCCAAAUUGUCAUACUUACCAAGAAAUUGUCAGCACUAGAUAUGGAGCCCCAACACAUAUUGUUGCUGUGAUUUAUUCUUUAAUUCAAAUGGUUUGUUAUACCACCAAUUUAUUAAUCAAUGGUAGUUCCAUCUUCGCAGCCAUUACUGGGGUUAAUAGAGAUGCGGCAAUUGUUUUAUUCCCCAUUGGGGUUAUUAUCUAUACUUUAUUAGGUGGUAUUAAAGCUACAUUCUUAACUGAUUGGACCCACACAGUUAUUAUUUAUUCAUUAUUAUUGACAUUCAUGUUCAAUUGUUAUGCCACCAAUAGUGAUAUUGGAUCUCCCGAUAAAUUAUACGAUUUAUUAGUGGAGGCUGCUAAUAUCAGACCAAUUGCUGGAAAUGAAGGAGGCUCUCUUGUUACCUUUGCUUCAGUCCAAGGUGGAUUAUUCGGGUUAGUUUUAUUAGGUGCUGGUUUCGCCGCUGCUUGUGACCUGCAGUUGUUUCAAAAAGCUAUUGCUGCUGAUCACAAAACUUUAACCUGGGGUUAUAUUUUAGGGGGAAUUGCUUGGUUUUCUUUACCUUUCUGUUUAUCAACAACUUUAGGAUUAGCUGCUGCUGGGUUAGAAAACCGGUCUGUUUUCCCAACAUAUCCUGAUCCUAUGACAGCCGAACAAGUCGGUGCAGGUUUAGUUAUGCCAUUUGCUGCUGAAGCUUUGAUGGGUAAGAGUGGUGUGGCCAUGGUGUUAAUUAUGGUGUUCAUGGCUGUAACAGCUGCUUUCUCAUCAGAAACCAUCGCUAUCAGUGCCAUGGUAACCCAUGAUUUAUAUAAAAGAUACGUCGAUCCAAAUGCCACUGGUAAAAAAUUGGUUUGGGUUGCUGAUAUUACUGUAAUCGCUUUUGGUGUUGUUUGUGUAGCUUUAGGUAUUGGUUUAGCUCAUGCUGGAUUUGAAGUUUCUUUCAUUACCACUGCUUCUGGUAUCAUUGUUAACGUAAAUGUUUUAGCCAUUAUAUUUACAUUAUUCUGGAAGAAAUUUUCUGCUGCUGCUUAUAUCUUUGGUACUAUCUUAUCAACUUUAAUUGCCUUUGCUGUUUGGUUUGGUUACACUGUUUCACAAUCAGGUUAUAUCUCAUUAGCUACAUUAUCUACCAAUGAAGCUUUAGCAGCUGGUAACACAGUUGCCGUGGGGGUUCCUAUUCUUUUAAUGCCUAUAAUCACAUGGCUCAAGCCUGCCAAUUUCGAUUGGGAUGUUUGGUUGGAAAUUAAACAAGAUGAUAAUACCGAUUUCGAUAAAGCUCAUGGUUUGACUAAUGUUUUAUCUAGAGAUGAAGCUACCAAACUUGUUCUUGAUGAAAGAAUCAAGUAUGAUAAAGAAUUAAGAAAACAAUCUAAAAUUGGUUUUGGUUUCACCGUAUUGUUUGUGUUAUUUUUCUUAAUCCUUUUCCCUAUACCAUUAUAUGCAACUAAUUAUAUUUUCACCAAAACAUUCUUUAGAGGUUAUAUUGUAGUGAUGUUCAUUUGGGGUUUUAUAGCUGCUGGUAUUAUCAUUUUAUUACCAAUGUAUGAAGGUAAAGAUGCAAUGAUUAGAUUGUUUAAUCUUGCUAUUCUUAAGAAAGGUGAAAAACCUGCUGGUGAUAUUUAUUUCGUCAGAUCAUUGGAUGCUGUUCUUAAAGAAGAUCUGGCCGAUCUGACUAAUAAAGAGCCUCACAAAGUCACGGUAGAAAAAGCUUAG